AUGUCUAAAAGUAGACGACUCGUUUUCUUGGAGUGGCUCGCUGCCAUCCAAAGGAACGACUGGCAAGAUGCGGAGAGUUUCUUGGCCCACGACGUCAUCGUGAAUGGCGACAGCCUGACGCGAGGCGAAUACAUCCAAAAGCUCAAGGACGACGGGUUUUCAGCUGCCAUUCUUGACACAUGCAUAGUUGACGACGAGAAGCCUGAGAUUGCAGCACGCCUCCUGCUGCCCGGUCCACCGCCGGGGACGCCGCUCGAUGCCGACGGGGAGGAGUGGGCAGAGCAGAGCCUCUUCACCAUCUUCGGCAACAAGAUCGCUGCUGUCCAAACUCUUUCGGGUGCGAAUAACUCGGCAACCUCGGGACCACCCAUCAAUGAAGCGAGAGAGGGGGCGGCGUCGAGAGCGGCGAAGACUUCUGACCUGCGCAGGUUCUACACAGAGUACAUUGACUCCAUCAACACCCUCACCAUGCACGCUCAUUUUGAGCGCUUCUGCCAGGAUUUCAUCACGCACAACUACAUCAGCUAUGGCCGUGACGAGUACAGGGCGAUGAUCGAGUCCAGCUUCGAGGAGAUUUCGGGUCUGCAUUUCACGAUCAAGAGCCUGAUUGUCAACGAGGAGGCUCAGCAGAUCGCAGCCCGUCUCGGCUUCACUGGGGUGCCUAUCAAAGAAUUUCGUGGUAUUGCGCCGACGGGAAACGCUGUGAGGUUCAGCGAGCAUGCCUUCUACCAGCUCGAGGAAGGCCGGAUCAAGCAAGUCUGGUCGCUGCUGGAUCUGGCAGCCUACCAGGCCUGCAUGGCGUCGCACCAGAACGCGAACGGACCAGCUAAUUAUUCUUCCAAUGUAUAUUAA